AUGGGCGGGCUUAAUCUCGAGGUCUUCAAAUUCGGCCUCUAUGUCAUGUUCCCUAUCGGGAUCAUGUACUAUUUUGGCACGAAUCUUGACGAGCGCUUCGCGGUCACCAAUUUCUGGCCCAAGCCGGAGAAUGCCAACAAGGUCCCGACCGAUCGCGACGAGAUCAAGGCAGAGCUUGAGAGGUUACGCGCCAGAAGGCUGUAUCUUCGCGAGAAGCGGCUCGAGGCCGAGGCAAGAGCCGCUGCACAGCAGCCGCAACAACAGCAGGCGGAUGACAACUAG